AUGACUCUCCAAUUCCCAAUCCAGGCUCCAGCUCGUUAUGCAGGCGAGACUGAGCCUGUCAAACGGCCAAGGGAGUUCGCGUGUUUUUCCUAUGACAAAGACCACAAGUUCCGUUUGGACGAUUCGUCCAUGAAGUGGUACUAUCCGCCGGAGAUAGGCACAAACUUGUCGCAUGGUUACGAUACGUUUAUCAAGCAUGACGACUCGGUAGAUGAGCACCUCGACAGCCUCCUCAAGACCAUAGCGGACCACGAACAGCAAACAGGCGGGCCGAUAGAUGCACACAUCGUCACCUGGAGAGGCAUGCUGACCAAGGUAGGAGGAUCGGAUGCUUCGUUUCUGAGUUUAUGGUUUGAGAUGAAUGCUACCCUUUAUCGACUAACAUUCACCUCAGGAUACAAAUUCGAAACCCUCAGCACAAUACCACGGCCAUGGGGCGAGACAACUAGAGACUACAUCGAGAACCGAGAUAAUGAGGUCACCAACAACAAAGAACAGUAUUGCUCCGUCGUUCGGACGGGAUUUGGCAAAUCCAUCGUCUGCCUUGGAGGCGAAGUCGACGCAAUAUGGGAUGCGAAACCCGAGACGCCAGGCAAACCUAUCAACUGGGUGGAGCUCAAAACCACCGCUGAAAUCCACACUCAUAACGACCGAUUCAAAUUCGAUCGGAAACUGAUGAGAUACUGGAUCCAGUCUUUCCUUCUCGGCGUGCCUAAGAUCAUUGUGGGCUACAGGACGCAAGACGGAAUACUCAGCGGAGUCGAGGAGUUCAGUACGCUGAGCAUGCCGCAGGACGUCCAGCGUAGGAAGACGGCGAAGUGGGACGGCAACGUCUGUAUUAAAUUUGCCAGCCUUUUUCUUGACUGGCUCCGCCAGAGCAUCAACGACGGGGGCGUGUGGAGGAUCAGACGGGAGAACAAGUCGGACCACAUCGAACUCUUCAAGGUCGAGGAGGUCGGCCACGGUAGCAUCAUCACGGACGAGUUCAUGAACUGGCGGAUAAAGCUGUCGCUCAACAAGGACAAACCACCGGGCUUCGAGCCGUCGGAUGCCGCGGACGCCGAACCGUCAAUGGCUGAAGAGCCGGUGCCGGAAACUGCAAGCGCGUCUGGGGCGUAUUGA